GUCCAAGCACUGUAUUUGUGUAUGUAAAUUAUACUGAGUAGUUUGUGAAGCGGUAAAACACACCUCAACUUAACGCAAGCCAGCUAUAAUAGAAACAGUAAACAAAACAAACAACCAAUAAGCUAUUUUACACACACAAACAUACAUUUAUAUCUAAAAGUACAUACAUACAUACAUAUGAGGUAUGCUGUGUGCUAUAUGACUUAACACGCUUCACAACAUUGUAAGGAACAAUCGAAAAUUGUGCUGAAACCAUACGAGUCGCUAACCUUACACUCUUUCCCUGCCUACCCACCUCAAUCGGCAACUCUUUUCCCCACACAGGCGCGCCGACGUUGUCGCCGCCAUCGAACUCCAUAGGAGCCGCCUAACAAAUUUAUAAAAUAUACUUACCACUCAAUAUGUGUAUGUGUGUGCAUUAACAACACUAAAACAACAAAGUAUGAUAUGGCAUCAACAACAACAUAGAGAAAAUAAAAGAGUCAACCGCAACAUAAAACAAACCUAUAAAUUUAGCCAUGCGAGUGCGAAUGAACUUCUACACAACAACAGGAUAAGGUACAAGGUACGUACCGUACGCUGUUGCAAUGGUGGAUUACGCCGAGGAAUAUGGCAAAGAGUAGCUGGUUACCAACAGUGCCACCUUUGUUAUAUCACGACCAACUGCAAACAGUACGAACCACGAACAUUUAUGCCUGCGUGUGUGUGUCUGUAUGUCGUGUUUACUCUAAACAACAACAGGCCGUUCAUCAGCCGGUAAUCGGUAACUCAACAUAACAUAACCGGUGUGCAUAUGCGGUUGAUUGCUGCUGGGCUGGUGAGCGUGUAGCGCAGAGAGCGCAAAAAGAGCUAGAGACGUAGUCACACAGAGAACACCGCAAAAGAACACAACCAAGCAACAUAAAGAAUGAAGGGCGACUGAGUUUGCUGAGUGGAGUUACAGCUCGUGUAGCUGAGCGCAAAGGUACAAUGGCUGGUUUAACGAUAGGCAGAUCAAUGCAGGCACAGGCAAGCCUAAUGUUUGUUGAGCUGUGUGAGCACGCCACAGCCGAUAGACCAACCGACCUUCUGAGCGAAUCCCAACGCUGGCGUGUAGUCAGUAUUAACCGUUCGGUCAUAGCGUUCACGCCACUCGUUUUAAUGUACGGUUAGUAAAUGUGUUUAAUAAAUGUUAUUGCCAGCUUAUAGCGUCUAUGCUGCCACUGCUACUGCCUGCGCUUGCACUGUUGCAUCAAUAGCAACAACAACAAAUAAGCAAAAAUUUAUUAUCGCCGCAUUUGCUGUGUAGCACAUACAUAUUGUGUGCACUAUAGUUUCUAGGAGAUCACAGUGUAUAUUGUGUGUGUGUGUGUAUAUAUGCAACUUUACCUCGACUGCAGCAAGCAGGCAGGCAGGCAGCCGCCAGCCACAUCCAGAUAUAGGCGAAUAGUCAGCCGGUUUGUUGGUUAGUCAGUGACUGAAGUCAAAGUGUCAGCCGGUCGCUGGGUCGGUGCAUUCAUUCGUAUGUUUGUUAUACAAAGUGUUUUUGUUUAAUAUAGCUUUCGACUCGACGUGUGUUUUGUGUGCGUUCAAUCACUUUUAUUUAUUUUGUUUUUGUAAAUUUUGCUCCGUCGGCCGGGUUUUUGUCGUCUCGCUUUUGUUUGGUCUUUCGUCGGCGCGCUGGCCUUCCUGUGGAUUCUGGUAACAGCGCGCAUACAUCUGUCUGCAUGUCGGGUACAACCGUGUAUUGCAGCAAAUAGUCGCCGUCGCGUUCGGUGUGGCAGACAGGCAGCCAAAAUAGGCAGCAAAUUAUCGUUGCCGCGUUGCGUUUGAGCCGUUUUGUCCGCAUUGCAGUGAAUAUACUAACAUAAAUAUACAGACGAGUGCAGAUUUUUUUUUUUACAUAAUUCGUGUUUCGAAACGUUUUUGGUAUUUAAUUUGUGCAUAUCUGCGUGAUUAUUCGACGGCGGCAAAGAAAUAUCUACAUAGCCGUAAUAAGAACAACAAAAAAAAAAACGAGCUUAAAUUGCUUUGACCGCAUCGGAGCAAUUAUUUGUGAUUUUUUCCUUUAGAAUGUAAUUAUUUUUUCUUGCGAUUUUGGCUUGGUUGCAGCUUUUAACUGCACAUUGGAGAAAAAGUCAAAAAAUCAUGCUGCGAGGCACGCGAUUUUAAGCUUUGUUGUUGUAGCAGCAACCUUUUUUUAAUAACUCAUAACCAUUGGUUAUUGGUUGGCUUUUAGUUAAACACAGUCUGUCAGCUUAAAUUGGUCCAGUUUGUCUGAGCAAAAGCCAACGUGUUAAAAAAAACACAAAAUUGUUGUUGCUUAUCAAAUUGCCCAAACUAGCUCAAGUGUUUUAAAUUUCGGCACAAAAAUAUACUUCGUACGCGUCAUACCGAUAACAAAUUUCUACAAUAACUACAAUAAUAGCUAAUACUAUUUUUUGUCAACACAGUUAACAACAAACACAACAUAUGGAAAGUAAUAAGAACACCCCUUCAAUCCUGCAUAAAAACAAGUUAGGAGUAGACAAAAAACAUGUUUUCAUUAUAUAAUUUUUUGUGAACACUUUUUGUGAAGAAAUAUACAAAAAUAAAAAAAAGUGCUGUUAAUUUUAGCAAAGAAAGCUACCUGAACCAAAGCAAGUCAACUCAAAGAAAUAACAAAAUGAAAGAUCACACCGGUGUCUAUGUAAAAUAUAGAAAAUAAUAAUAAAAACAGCAAAUGAAUAAGCGUUUAACUAACACAGCUGCAAGCGUAAAACCAGUAGAUAUAUAGAAAUAUUUACAUAUAUAUAAAUAUACAAAGAAGCUUUAUGGAUAAAGUGUAGCAACAAAACAAUGGAAUAAGUGAAGCUAAUAAUAAAAGAAUUUCGCCUGUUCUCAAGAAAGCAAAAAUCUCGCACACCGCAACUCUACAGGUGAGCUGUGCUAGUGUUUGUGUUCAAGAAGUGGCAGACGGCAAAAGUGAUUUAAGCAACGGUUAGCUUACGAAGCAGCCAACUAGCCACGAGCACUGCUCGAAACAUAGUAGAAUGAGGAAAAGUUGAAAAAGUGUAUAAGAAGAAUAGCUAUUUGGCUAAAAAGUGCGACGAUAAGGUAACGACCACACAAAGCAUUCCCAAGAAAAGGUCUAAAACACACACACACGUGCGCACAAUAAAAUUUACAACAAAUAACAAAUACAAUUACUUUAAAAACGCGUGUAUCCAAAGCAUAAUUGAUAGUAAAACGCUACAAGACGUGAAGACGAAACAACAAAAAUAAACAAAAGCAACAUCAAAAACGUUGAACACGUUAAACAACACGCACAGGAAGCCAACAACGGUGGAGCAAACAACGUUGACUCGACGCAAGUACCACACGCACACGCACACGCAUGCAAACGUACAAAGUAAAUGCUCAAAUCGACAUUUAUUUACCGCUGUGAUUCGAAAAAAAGUAGCCAAAAUCACGCCAAGAGUGCGUUCCUCAGCGCAAAGCAUAGUGUAAGUCAACAACUCCGCCGCCUUCAACACACACUCAAACGCGCAUAUGCACGCACAUAGCUACCUCCGAAAAAUUCUAAACCACCGAUUUAUAUACACAUAUAUGUUUAUUUAUAUAAAACAAUUUUUUGUUGUUGUCGAAGUGUAACAAAAAAAGUAACACUACAUCAAAAUGAUGAUGAUGGAUACGACAAGCGGCGAACAAGCCGGUCCACUCGACAGUCCGCGGGCAGGUGAUGUACCCGCGAUUGCGGCCACCUUCACAGUCGUGAAAAUGGACGAAGCGCACACCGAGGCAAUGGAUGCGGAGAGCAAUAAUAAUCACAUUGAAGUGCACGAGUACAAGGAGCAUCGCAAGAGCAAGAAGAAGAAGCGCGAUAAGCGUGAUAAGGAACGACGUAGCGAAAAGCAUCAUCGUCGCGAACGUGAUGGUGAACGUCAUCAUCAUCGACGUCAUCGUGAUCGUGAACGUGAUGAUGGCGAACAUCAUCAUCAUAAUAAUCAUCAUCACCAUGCGCAUCUGAAUCACUCUACCUCAGCAUCGUCAUCGCCCUCCUCAUCGGCGUCAUCGUUUUUAUCAGCUACAAUAUCAAAUGAAUAUAUUGCCGUGUCACCCGCCUCAUCAUCGCCCUGCUGCAGCGUAGUGUCAGCGGUGAGCAGUAGCGCCAGCGUAGUGACGGCAACUACGGCAACGGCGUUGUCAUAUCCGCACAAUUUAAAAAUACGUUUCCUGCUUUCCGGGCAAAAAACUGAACUGAGUCCACCCGCACAUCAAACACACAGCAACGAUGCGAAUAGCACGCAAAGCGGUAGCAACGGCUCUGGCAACAGCAGCCACAACUCGGCCUCAUCAGGUACAACAUCCGCUUCAAUAUCCGCCUCAAUCGCCUCCUCUGCGGCGGCAUCAACACUCUCCACCGCCACCGCCUCGCACAAAUACACACUGUCAACGGAUGCCAAAAAUGGUGGUGGUGCAACAAAUUUAAGCACCAGCAAUGUCAACUCGUCGGCGUCGAAUGCGCAUAAAUCCAACGCCGCUGGCAGUACAAAUAGCAACAACAACAGCGGUAGCAAUUCGAAUGCCCAAAAUUACUCCAGCGCAAAGGAGCAGCAGCAUCAUCGCGAUGACCGUUACACCACACAAGCGCCAACGAACAGCGCUGCGAAUGCCGCCAGCAAUGCAGCGAAUGCGGCAGCCAACGCGCCCAGCCUAUAUGUCUCUGUGCCACUCUCCACCGCCAAUGUACCUGGAAUCAAUUUGCCAACAAGUAGCGCAGCAGGUGGCGCAACAGAUCACCAUGCCCCACCUUCACAGUCGACGCGCGCAGCUGCAGCAGCUAUAAGUCAACAGCAACAACAUCAGGGUGGUGCUGCAACAAUUAAUAUGACGGGGGGCAGCACGUCGGGCACGCAUGCGACUGCCACAACCACAGCACUUGCUGCUGUUGGUAGUAGUGGUGGUGGCGGCGCUGGUGGACUGUUGGAGCGACAAUCGCCACGCAUUCAUCAUCAACCGCCGGCGCUUUCCGAACAUCACAGUAAUAGUAACAGCAGUUAUUUUGCUAGUUCGGCAAGUGGUCUGCCAACAGCGGCGCAUAGCAGUGUCAUACAUCAGAGCGGUAAAUCGCCAUCGGGCAAUAUGAUGUUGAGCGCAAGCAGCAAUCCCAAUCUGAUGGCCACCACAACGGAGACUGGCAACCUGAAAAUCAGUUAUGAAAAGCAAACAACGCGUGUCAGUCAGCUGCAAGAGCAGGAAACAGCACCAGUGCGAAGAAGCAGAUCACGUUCGGGUGAGAGCAGCAUGCAAGCGCUACAGGCGCAACAUCUACAACAUCAGCAUCAACAGCAGCAGCAGCAACAGAGUGGCCAAUCACAGCAGCAGCAACAACAGCCGUUGGCAACACAAAAAACCAAUUCUCGCUCCGGCAAGAAAAGGGCCGCAGCUGCCGCAGCAGCAGCCGCAGCCGCUGCCGCUUUGGGUGGCAACAAAAAUCGCGAUUCACCAAUUGAAAAGCUAACGAAAUCAUCACCGUCGCCAAUACAACAACAUUUUCGCAACGAAUUAGCAACACCUACACCACCACCAAACGCACCCUCACCACUCUCGCUGCCACCGCCCAGCGCUUCGACACCGACACCAACACCCACACCUACACAUACACCUUCACCAUCGCCGGUUGUAAUGUUGCAAGGCAGCAGUAACAGCAAUGCAUCCAAUACAGCCUCACCAACAAGGCAAAAGAAUGCCAACGGCAACGGUGGCAACGAAGUGAACGGCGCUGGCAACAUGAAUGCCAAUGGGGGAAGUAAUAAUGGUGGCGGUGUCAGUAGCACAUCAACAAAUAUGGUCGCGACGAAUCUUACGCUUGGUGGUGCAACAUCCAGUUCAGGACUCACAUCCGCGGCCACUUCCUUCGCCAGUCAUGGUUGUGACAAUGCUGGUCCCACUGUCAAAUCGGGUAAUAAUAACGGCGAAGUGGUUAAUCUUAGCUCUAAUCAGGGCGCUUUAAAUAAUGCCAGACGUGGUGGUGGUAAUGCCACAAGUACUGCAAUAGAAGGUAGCAAUAUGGGCGCCACCGUCGCGGGUGCGUCUGGUAAGAACACAAACGAUGCAACUUUGAUAACCACAAAUCUAGGUGGGAAACCACUGAAUAAGAAAUUGUUACGUGCUCAACAAACGCUCUAUCAGCAACAGUUGGCCGCGCAGCAACAACAACAGCAACAGCAGCAACAACAAAAGCGUUCACCUGAUCACAAAAAUGGUGGCGGUAGAAAUACAAAUGCCACCACAGGCGCAACUGCCGCCACUUCCUCCACCUCCUCAACCAGUUCCCCUUCCUCUAGCACGGCCACAGUUUCGCCUGCUAAAGCUUUAACUAAUCUAACAAAUACUAAUAAACCUAAUAGCAAUCCUUCCACUGCUCCUCCCUCAAGUAACACUGCAACAUCAACUGCUUUUACUAACUCAACCACUAGCCACAAUUUAAAUAACAGUAGCAAUAGCAAUAUUAAUAACAGCAAUAGUAGUAGCAAUAGCGCCACUAACACAAGUCAGCUGCAAACGCAACAGCAUCAGCAACAACAACAACAAUCCGCUCAACAGCAACAGCAACAACAAAACAAUGUUGCUGCUGCUAGCGACAACAAUAAUGAUAUCAUUGAAAUUUUGCAAUUAACCCCAACCAACACUUCUACUUCUUCAACGCUAACUCAUCAUCAACAUCAUGCCUCUAAUCAUCCACCACAAUCAAAAACAUUGCAAUCCCCCGCAAACUUGGCAACAACUUCAACAACCACAUCGGCUGGUAUACACCACAGAACGCCAGAUAGCGGCAUCUACUCCUCCUCGUCCUUUGUGGCGAACAGCAGCACCGUAUCGAAUGCCUCCUCGAGCAGCAGUAGUAGUAGCGGUGGUUGCGGUGGCUUAAAAUUCAGUUACGAACCUCAAGCCGCGGUCAUCGAUUCGCCGGCAGCACAUUUACUCACCGCCGUCACAACUGCAACAGCGUCGUUAACCGCAAUGACGACUAAUAUCACCACAACCACCUCUACCACAACCAUCAAAGACUCACCGCCCAGCUCACCAGGCUCCGAAAUCGGUGCAGUGGCAACAGCGCCACGGAAACGUGGACGUAAAGCAAAAGAUCCACUUGCAAAUGCGAAUGAGGCAAAAGUUGAUGUCAAAGUGUUUCAGAAUGGUGGUCAUGUCUUAGGUGCCACGCCCACAACUGCCGCUGCAGUAAAUAUGGCGAACAGUGCGCCGUCAGGUGUGCCCAGUAGCGGUUCGACGUUGCACACCGCUGCCCACAUGCUCGGCAAUCAACUCAAUCCGAAUAGCAAUGUGGCACAGAAGCUCUCCGACCAACUGCACAUGGAAAUACAGGAUCACAGCAUCUACACCGCAGAUGCUGUAACACCGCAAUUCGUGGGUGUACCUUUCCCAGGCAAAUCGACGCGUAAUUCUACUUCAACGCCGAUCUCAACUAGCAACAACACGCUCACAAUCAACUCAGUCAGCGCUGUAACACCCGCAACAGAAAUGACCGGUGGCACAUCACUAGCAUCGAUGUUCGGCAGCGGUGUGAAUGGGAAUAUGUCCAUACCGCAAAGUUUGGAACAACUGCUCGAACGUCAGUGGGAGCAGGGCUCACAAUUUCUCAUGGAGCAGGCGCAGCACUUUGACAUUGCUUCUUUGCUCUCCUGCCUGCAUCAAUUGCAACGUGAAAAUGUACGCUUAGAGGAACACGUGACCAGUCUAAUAGCACGUCGGGAUCACCUGCUAGCUGUGAAUGCACGGCUUGCCGUCCCACUGAAAACGAAUACUACGCAGAGCCAAGCCACGGCCGUAUCAUCGACAGCGAUAUCCACCAGUGUUGCCACCGUCUCGACAACAGCCCCAGCCGCAGGCGUUGCGACAGCGACCUCGGCAAUAGCAGCUGCCUGUGCAGCAGCAGCAAUAGCAACAACAACUGCAGCGGUUAAUGCGCUUGGCGGUAACAAUGCGGGCACUGGCGUAGGAGCUACUGGCGGUACUAGUACCAUUGGCCCUGCUAAUGCCGGCACCGCUUUAACAACUGUUGUAACCGCUGCAGCAACGUCACUUGCUACCGCUGUGACCACAUCGCUCACUGCUUUGACUGUGAAUACACGCGUGCCCAAUACGACCACAACGCCAUCAGCUGGUGCAGGGGGUGGGGCACCAACUUCGCGGCUAAAUACAAGUGUGCCACAACAACACGUUUUGGAAAAUGGCAUCGACUUUCGGCAAGUAAGCGCAGCAACAACGACAACGUCAGCACAUGUUGGUACAGUUGGCAGCGGUGGAGGCGUUGGUCCACCCAUGGGCAUGAGGCACUCCACGGCCAGCUAUGUAAAUGCCUCAGGAAUACCAGCAACCAGCAUUGCAGGCAAUCUGUCAACAACAAUGCAUCCCAAUAAUCUCGAAGGGCUUGGCAACAUGCAUACAACAGCUGCAACCACAGGCGGUGCUGCAACCGCUGUUGUUGGUAUGUCCACAAUGACGGCAAAUCGUCUUGCACAGCAACAACAACAGCACCAACAGCACAUGCAAUCAUUGCAUCAGCAGCAACAGCAACAACACCAGCAUCAUCAAAUGUCGCUUGCGGCCGCACAGCAGCAACAACAACAGCAGCAACACAUAGCACAAAGUGCCGCCGCAGCAGCGGCCAUGCAUCAUCACCAACAGCAACAACAACAACAGCAGCAGGCUGCUCAUACGCACUUGCACGCCACCCAUCCGCUACAUCUAGCACACACGCAUACACAUGCACCGCACGUGCACACGCAUGCUCCUCAUACACAUCAUGCACAUCAAACGCAUCCCAAUGCCCAAGUUAAUGUCAACGUCAACGCCGGCAUCGGUGUCGGUGUCGAACCACAUUCACUUGCAUCAACGCGUCUCGGCGGCGUCGGAGGAAAUGGCGGUAUGGUGGGCAUGGUUGGGCCACACAUUGGCAAUAAUAAUAAUCCGAAUAGCAGCAACAACACCGCGGCAUCACGAGUCGCAGCUAAGACGCGACGAUAACCUAGUAAAGCCCAGCUGAAAAUCGACAGCAGCUUUAUUGGCCUUUCGCCCUAGCCGUCAGCCACAACAGCACACGACAGACCAGCACCAGCAGCAGCAACAACAAACAGGAAAACGAGCGUCAAAAAAAGCAAAAACUCCACAAAAAACAAAGGGAGAAAGGGCAGCGUCGCAACAAGCAGCCAGACAACAG